AUGACCAAACCUGCAUUGAUGCAAUAUUCAGCUGAUCUUGUGCAGUACAAAUUUGCAAGUUUUGGAGGAUUUAAAAUCGACAAAGUUGAAAAAGAAAUACAGAGAGGAAAGAGAUUGAAAUGCUCCAUAUGCAAGUCGGACAAAAGCAGGCUUGGGAAAGUACAAGGGGCCACCGCUGGAUGUGCUAUAUCCAAAUGUUCUAAAACUUUCCACUUCUAUUGUGCCAGGUUGGACGAUGUGGCCAUCACAAAGCGCAUGGACGCCAGAUAUCUGAAGAAAAAGUCUUCAGUUGUAAUGUACAGAGUAUUUUGUGGAGAAGCACACUACAACCAGUUCAAAA